GGGUAAAGCUCGUUGCAGACAUUCAACAGGUAGUAGACUCGCAAAGACAGGCGAGGAUCAGGACGCGUACUCGAGAGGGGGCAGCAAUACCUUGUUGCAUUGAGAAACAGUUUCUCUCUAAUAUCCAUCAGGAUGACGUCUAACGGCCACGUUAAUGAUGCAUAUGACGGUUUACCAGAAAAGGAAAGUGGAUACGCUAACGGUAUAGAUCCAAUUGACAACAAGGUGAUAGAGGUGGAGGAAGAGUAUGACAAAGAAAAGGAAAAGGAAGAAGAUCCAUGGAAGGUGACAACAAUUGAAGUGGAAGAAAAACCGUGGGCAGAGUUGAACUGCGCAGAGCUGAUUUUCCGACUGUGCAAGUAUAUACUUGGAGUCGCUCUCAUCCUGGGUUUCCUCUAUAUGUUCAUCUGUUCCUUGGACUUCCUCAGCUCGGCCUUCAAGCUCCUGGGAGGUAAGGCGGCAGGACAGGUGUUCCAGAACAAUGAAAUCCUUUCGAAUCCUGUGGCCGGGAUGAUGAUUGGCGUCCUUGUGACUGUCCUAGUGCAAAGCUCCUCCACGUCCACCUCCAUCAUCAUCAGCAUGGUCGGUGCCGACAUUCUGACAAUCCCCAUUGCCAUCCCUAUCAUCAUGGGGGCCAACAUUGGAACGUCUGUCACCAACACCAUAGUCGCAGUAGGACAGCUCAACAACAAGUCCGACUUCCGACGUGCCUUCGCCGGCGCCACCGUGCACGACAUGUUCAACUGGCUGACCGUUAUCAUCCUCCUGCCUCUGGAGGUCAUCACGGGCUAUUUAAGCAGGCUGAGUGGUCUCAUCGUGAACUCUAUCCCUGACCUGGCACCAGACAAGAGCGCAGACCGUGAUUUCCUGAAAAUCCUUACGAAGCCUUUCACCAAAAUGAUCAUUGAGGUCGACAAAAGUGCCAUUACUAAGAUUGCCACCAACACACACAAAGGCGAGUCUCUACUGAAGACGUGCUCUGAUAAAGUCACUCCAUGGACUUGCUGCUCCGACGAGCUCAAAGACAUGAACGUCCACAACAACGUAUCAUACUCCUUCACGAAACAGAUCCAGGUUUGCAGUGCCCUCAACUCCUGUGCCAAGAAACACACUUGCUCAGUCGAUUUCUGGAAGGAUGACACCUUCAGCUGCGACAACUUCGCCCUCAACAAUACAUGCUGCGAAACCUUCAGAACUGGGUAUACAUUUCCCAACACCAUCAAUGAUACUGUGAAGAACACCUUCUGUGGCGAACUUGUGGCCAACUGUCAGAACAAUUACCUUGUAACAAAAGACUGCAUGGAAUCAGCAUGGUCUAACAACACUGCCUUCUCCUGUGACACGUGGAUCGGCAUUGAGACAGAAUGCAUCAAACCUAAAACUCACCUGUUCAUGGGCCUGUAUGGGAAGAUUGAUGAUAUCUAUAUUGGAGCCAUCCUGUUGGUCAUAUCGCUGGCUGUGUUGUGUAUCUGUCUCGUCUGUAUUGUCAAGCUCCUCAACGCUCUGCUCAAGGGCCAGAUUGCACUCGUCAUCAAAAAGUUCGUCAACGCUGAUUUCCCUGGCAAAUGUUCGUAUUUCACUGGAUAUCUGGCUAUCUUACUAGGUGCUGGACUGACCAUUCUUGUCCAGAGCAGCUCCAUCUUCACCUCCACGCUAACACCCCUCGUGGGAAUCGGAGUGAUUGAGCUUGACCGUAUGUACCCUCUCACCCUGGGUGCCAACAUUGGAACCACGACUACCGGUAUUCUUUCAGCUCUUGCUCAAGACGGUUCCAAAAUCAGGGAUUCUCUCCAGGUUGCCCUCUGCCAUCUGUUUUUCAACAUCAGUGGUAUCCUGAUAUUCUACCCGUUUCCAUUCUUCCGCCCACCGAUUCCAAUGGCCAAGUUUUUGGGCACCGUCACCGCCAAGUACCGAUGGUUUGCAUUCGCAUACCUUGCCGCAAUGUUUUUCUUCUUACCAGCUGCUGUGUUCGGACUGUCCAUCCCUGGUUGGUACGUGCUUGCGGCCGUGCUCAUCCCUAUCGCCAUUGUCGUCAUCAUCAUCUGCAUCGUAAAAUUGAUACAGAGGAAGAGACCCACUUGUCUCCCUCCGAAGUUUCGGAAUUGGAAGUGGCUCCCUGAACCCAUGCGCUCUCUCCGCCCUUAUGAUAAUGUGAUGCAGAAGGUAUGCUGCCCCUGUCUGCUGACCGAUGAUCUAACGGAGGAAGAUGACGAUUCCAAGAAGCCCAUGUCCAAUGGGACAGCCGUUGUUAAGCAGCCAAGAGGGAAAAAUGUAGACACACGACUUUGAAUUUCCCAGAAUCAGUGUACAGUGUCUUUUUAAAAACUUUUAAAAACAAUCUCAAGAAAUAUUGUAUUUUACAUUACAAGUUGUUAAGCUAUUACUAUUAUUGCGUGCAGUAUGGUAUGUAUCAGUACAUCAAAUCAUAACACUUUGAGUACAUCGUAUUAUCAUAUAGAACGUAACAUUAUACUAGAUACUUGGUAUGAUAUUGCAAUACGGUAGCUUAGAAAGGUUAUCGUCUACCGUAGCUACAGGAGCUUCUUUCAGAUGUCGUAUAUCUUGCACAGAUCAAUGAAGACCUAGGGUUAGAAUUGGCAAUCCAUAUGAUUCUCAUAAGAGGCGACUAACGCUAUCGCUGAUUAAUGCACGUCUUCCAUCAGAAUUGCGUAGAUCGAUGCUCGUGAUGCCAGUCACUUGAUUGUCUGGUUCAGGUUCAAUUAUGUACAUACCAACGCCAUAUAGCUGGAAUCUGAGCGGCGUUAAACAACAACAGUAUAUGUUACAGUGUUCUGUUUCUUACAUACACCCUAACAUCGCACUAUUUGGUCACAGCCGCACAUUAACACAUGACACAUUAGUUAUGAAUGACUACUUGCUUCUUUAUACUCACCUUGUGUGACAAUCAUCAAGAAAGAUUCAGAUAUGUCUGAGGGACGAGAAUCUGUGGUAACUGAAGCCUGUUUAGUAAUAUAGAUGUGAACAAAAGUAGGGUACAUGAAACUGCAUGUUGGUUUAUCACCUUAAGAAACACCCAUCGUGACCGUGGCUUCAGUUUUCACCUGGGGAAGAUCAACUGAAUACAUUUUAAAGGGUAACUUUAAGGGUAAUAUUUAUGAUAACUUAAUAUAUUUGUUGUUAACGGUUCAGCCCAUAUGCUGAAAGAUUAAACUGAUAGGAAACCAGACAACAGUACUCCUCUUUGACAUUCAUUCUGAUCAUCAAUACUACGUGGUUUACCAUUGUACAUAAUUUACAAACUAUUUUUAUAUUUACGCAUAAGUGUUCAGACUCUGUGAUUAAGAGAAUGUUUGUCAUUUCUAAUGAAACUACCCUUAUGAUAUUUACAUAUCAUUCCAUCGUCAUAUGUUACAUCAUUUAGCAUGUGUAAUAUGUGAAAUAUAUUUUUCAUUUGUAUGUUAUUUGAUUAUUUGAUAUUUUACAUUAAAUAUUUUUACAAAUGGA